GUGUCGGCUACAUCGGUUCGGUUGGUUUUCGUCGCAUACCACGGCGUCCCAGCGGCGCUCGCACCCUUUCGCGGUAAUACCGUGCCCACCCCUGAUCACGUCACGCGAGAUUCGUCGCGGUGCAUCGACCAGGGUCGACGUCAACGGUGUAGUAUCAGGGUCCAGGGAAGGUGGUAGUUCGCUGCGACCGGGGUAGCAGUGACGAGGGAAGAAACGUAGGGGUGGCCGUUUCCCUUUUGGUUUCCAAACUCCCACUACCACCUUUCUCUCGGAUUUUUCGGUGCGCCUCUUUCGCUAGCUUCGGGGAUAGUUGUGUCGAAGGGUUGCUUCCAGCGAGCGGGAACAUCCUCUCUGGCGCAAUUCGACGAAACUUGAAAUUACUUUGUCGUAUCCGAUAAAUCUGUCUUAUCGGGAAACGAUUUUCCUGACUCGGCAAAGUUCGAAGACGUACUCCGGACCGGAGGUGCCGGCGCGGGUCGCCGGGAGGGUGAAAAGGAUGCUCGUCGCAAAGCUAUGUGCAAAAGGAAUCCCGUAUGGUAGUGCUUGACCCGUUGCGAUGAAGGAACGAUGAUCGCGCGCUAUUAUUAUAGUGUUGUGCCGAUGAUCGAAGAUCAUCACUCAGUGAUCAGUCGGAAAAGUGUGAAUUUAAUGGAGUAAUCAAAGAUAAUUUUAAAUUUGUUUCUAUCUGUUAACUGUAAAUUGAAGCUGUUGACUCGGCAAGAAUAGCAUCCGUGGGAAGAUGUGUAUUUUAUGCUGAAGGAAUAUUGAAAGGUUUAAAUAUAAAGGUGUGACGUACUUCUUGAACGCAACAAGCAAAGCUUCCUGGAUGCGUCUUUUAUUUCACAACUACAGUGCGCGUGUCUUUGUGCAUAUCUCUUUAAACGUCAAACAAUCCGAGGCAACUCUACUAAUGAAUUUUCCAUUCUACAUUUGUCGCGCGAUUGCGAAAGAAAUUUAAAAUUCUUCAAUUCAAAUACUAAUUCCGUGAUAUAUUUUAUUUUCUUCAAUAAUUGGAAAACUGGAUCAAUGUCCGUUUCUUCGUUCGUAGCGUAUGUUUUUUCAAUUAUCUCCGAAGAAAAGAUUAUUUGCCGAAAAAUUACAUUAAUGAACGCUCGAUUUCAUUCAAUCGAGAGAAUAGUUCAAUGAACUACGAGAUGAGAGCCAGGUGCGAUUCUCGUUACCUUCGAUCCGUCCAAUGAAAUAUUGCAUGAAAGAUUUAGGAAAUAUCUUGUAUUCUCCUGCUUUUUCUUACCGAGAUGAAACGAGUGAGUAAAUAUUCAAAGGGCGGCCUGCUCUUGAACGUGAUCAGAGCCGGUGCAUUCUAUCUCUUUCGAUACAUAAAGCACGCCAUCAGGAACGAGAUCGUCUUUGUGUGAACGAUAAGACACGUAUGAAUCUCUUUUACAUCGACAGAUGUGAGUGAAGAACGAAGGAAUCGUAUAAAAAAACGAGGAUUCACUUUCGUGAAUGUUGAUCAUAAAGAGAUCCUGUUUUUAACCGGAAGUUUUAAUCUAGACGCUACAGUCUAUCGUGGAAAAGUGUAAAGUUAUCUCUUCUGACAGUGUAGUUCACACGUCGUUUUCACUGGACGUCUAAUGGUAAAUUUAUGACGAUAAAUUUUCUUAUAUGUAACAAAAUCUCUAUCGGUCAGUGAACUAGCAAGACAAGACGAAGUGAAUCCGGAGAUUGUUAGAACUUGCAACUUGAUAGCGUAAAGCCGAUAAUAAUUAAGUCUAAAGGAUAACGAUGUUUGAAGGAGGAUGUGCUGGUCUUCGCCAUUGCACCAACGGAAUAUCUGAACGUUAAAUAUCCAAUUAGAUAUACGACUGAAAAAAAAUUUAAUAUACAGAACAAAUACAAUCUCUGCGACUCUCCUAGGAAGAUUUAACUCAGGAUGUUUCUCAAUCUUAAAUCUGCAGUCUUCCCUAGGUCAAUUGCGCCAAAAUAGAUAAUCAAAGACGAUUCGCAAUCAUUUCUUUGCUUCGAUUCAUUUAAAUUAAAAAAUGUAGUCCAAGAUAUCGCAAUCUUUCAAGAUCAUCAAAUUGGAAGAAAUUAUGGAAAAUCCAUUCCCAUCAGAGUUUUCUAGCCCCCAUCAGAGUUUUCAUCACAGUGUUUAAGCUCAGGAAUAUCUAUUUAAAGACAAUAGGUUUUUCUUUUUUAAGUAUCAAACAAAAUCAAGACUCUUCGUAGGCUGAAUUAAAGACCGAUUGUAAGAUAGCAACUUUACUAACUUGUAUUAUUGGUUGAGCACUUCUUAAGUAUAUCGAUUAAACAAAAUAAAGUCUAACAGUCAUUCAACUGUCCUUCACUUUGAAGAAGACUGAUGCAUCCAGGAAGUGAACAAGUUUCUGAGAAUCGCGAAAUGGAUCAGUUCGCGUACAUCCUCAUCUCUGGCGACGGUUAAAGAGGAAAUUGUCGCAGUGUAAGACAAGGAAGGCGAUAUGAGAGGCAUCGGAACGGCGAGAAAGUGAUCGGCGGAGGUGACGCCGAAGCAGGAGGUGACGCCGAAGACGUCGGUGAUCGCGUCAAAAUGACGUUGUCGAUCCUGGCGCUGCUCGGCUUGAUCCUGGCGACCGCCGGUGCCGAGCUAAGUUCGAGGAUCGUCAGAACUAAGUACGGCGAGCUAUCGGGCGUGAUCGUUACCCUUGAUCGAUACCUCGAAGGUGUCGAGGUAUUUCGCGGUGUACCUUAUGCCUCGCCACCGAUUGGCUCAUUACGUUUCAUGCCGCCCGUCACCGGUGCCCUUUGGCAGGGCGUUAAGAUCGCCGAUAAAUUCGGACCUGUUUGUCCUCAAAAGCUACCGGAGCUCAGUGACAAGAUGCCCAAGGGCAGACUAGAAUACCUCAAGCGACUGCUGCCCUACCUCAAGAACCAAAGCGAGGAUUGCCUGUACCUCAACAUUUACGCGCCUGUUCAAGGUAAAUUUUGUCUUUUGUUUUUUCACGUUGAAGCAAAAGGAAAUGAUCCCAAGUAGCACACAGCGCUAACAAAGCGUUAACAAAGCGCUAAAAAAGCGCAUAUAGUCGCUAAAGCGCUGCUGUGCUACUUGAGAUGCAAAAUAAACGAGAUCAAUCAUUUAAUAAAAAAUAUAUAAAA